AUGGAUACCUACAUCAACAACCGCUCGCGCCUCACUGCUAUUGCAGCAGCACCGAAGAAGACAGUCUCCAAGGCUGACAAGAAGACUUGCACCAAGGAUGAGCCUGUCAUCCGUAAGCUUGGCGCAAGCGCCGACUUCUCCAUCACCAUCAGCGGAAUCACUCGCAACGAGAUGCGAGAGCGCGGAAAGUAUUACACCAAGUCGAUGAAGCUCCCAGGAAACAUCGAUCUGUACAACACUCCAACCUACUCCGUUGUUAAGGAUCUCACUCAGAACAUGUCUGUCCAAGCUCGGAAGGCAGAGAUCAUGGAUUCCAAAUAUUGGGAAAUCAUCGUCGACGUCCAGAGUCUGAGUUCCGGCCCUAGCGACCCAUCCAUCCUCCACAAGGUCCAGGAGCUCACUCCUCUCCUCAACGAGAUUCAGAAGCUGAUCGUCAAGAUCACCUUGCCAUCCAACUUCAUCACCACGAAGGCUGACUACAUGAACUCACCAACUCGGCGCUUCCUGAACCGGCUCGUGCGACAACUUCGAGCCUGCAGAUCGAUGAAGUGGAUGCGCAUCGUCCUCGUUCUUCCCAAAGGCCACCCGGGCUUUGAGAGCAAUAGCCCAACUCCCGCUUUCCCUGCGUAUUACGUGAUUCCGUUCUACGCACUGCGUUUUAGGAGUUGGCGUAUCCAGUACCAGGGACUUGGACAGCACACCAAGUUUUUGAACGACUUUCAUGUCUCUGAGGUGGAUGAUAGGAACAACGAUUUCUGGGCUCCGAGUGCUUAG